AUGAUUGAAGAACUGAAAGAGAAUGAGAUUCGCAUUACCAAGAAACUGAGGGAGGAGGAAAGGAUGACCAGAAAACUUCAAAGUGGGAUUGACGUGUUUGUUGAGCUGGGGAGUUUGCUCGCCCGAGAUCAGGAGGAAAUGAAAUCUUCUCAUCAGCGAGAAAUUGAAGAAAAAGUUCUUGAAAUCAUUGAUCUAGAUGCCAAGCUGGUCGAGGAACGAGGAGCAUUCCUUCAAAUCACAAAACAGUUGGAAGAGGAGAAAAUGCUCCAAGCAAAUAAAUUAGUCGACAUGGAAGAACGAUUGAAGGGGAAGAGGGAGACACUCGCCAAAGUCGAAAAUUUUAUUCGAAACAAAUUGGCUGAGGAAGAGGGGGGAUCGGGAGAAAAUGCCUUUUUUUCACCUGCAAUGUUCAGCAUCGAGACCCUGAUGAACGAAGGAAACACUCAAGCUACUCCUUCUCCAACCAACUCUACACCAAUCGGCACACCGACACCUGUUAUGCUUUCUCCACGCGAUUUCGCUUUUGACCCUUCCGCUCUCAAUAAUGCUUAUAUAACUGCACUCAACUCACUCAUAGGGAAUAAAGCCGACCAACCUUCCACCUCUACUGCCCCACCUCCAGUUCCAUUCAACUACUCUCCACCAGCUUUGACAGCUCCAUUGCUGAAAGCCCUUCUUACCAAAGCGGCUUCUAACGGGCCAUCAUCCAAUGGGCAUCCUCUUCCCGGAGCAGCCCAGAACCGAGGUCCCUCCUCCUCUUCUUCUUCUUCUUCGUCGUCGUCUCCAUCCCAUUCCGUUGCUCCGAUCUCUACUCAAACGCCAUCUCCUUCGAGAUCUCGUCCAAGUCCGUCAGUUCAAACACUUGUCAUCAGUGGACCAGCCGCCGGAAAAUACGCUCAUCCUCAUGAUGGCUCUGGUUCCUCUACUCCAUUUUGCUCUGCUUCCACUUCAGCACCUACACAGGCCGACUUAUCACUGGUCAGAAAGUUUAUGAGGAAAACUUCUGGUAGAGUUCAACCAGUACAAAAUGGAGUCAAUCAUGUUGCUCCAAGAGUUACUCCUCCAGCUCGGCCAAUUCAGGUCAUUGACAUUGAUGCUCCUGGACCAUCGUCCGUUCGAGCCCCAGCUCAAAAUUCUAUGCCAUCCACUAGCAACGGAGGCAACAUUGUCUCAAAUAACAUUUCAUCUGUCGUCGCAGUUCUCUCCAAACUUCCCUCUGCUAAAUUAUCUACCAUUCGACCCACUCCAACCGCAUCGAGUGCUUCAAUCGAGGAAGCAAAACUGUUCAAACUAUUCAUGAACACUGUUUUUGGUCUUUUGAAAUCAAAAACAUUUCUCUCAAACUCAUUAGAAAUCCAGCUGAAUUUAUGUGAUAUAUUAAUGAAGUUUGACAGAUUGUCGGAUGAUGGGCGAGAAAUGGUCAGACCACAUUUGUGCUCUGAACUCUGUCAGCUCAUUUUCAGUUUGACACUGCUGGUUCGUGACUUGACGGCGGAUCUAUCGAGGCGACCGAGUCCUUCAGCAUCAACGUCUAUCGCUGUUCAAACUGAUCCAGAAAUCAUCGUAACGGAAACGACGGAACCAUUGGAUCUAACAGUUUCCAGAACUUCGCCCAGUGAUCAGCAAGAGGAUCAAGAAUUCCACGCUGAAAAAUCCGUGGACCAAGAGAUCGAUAGAAUGUGGGCAGACUUGGAGGCCCAGAUCCGUUCUAAAUACAAAAGAAAACUGGUUGAUGUUCACGACUGCUAUAUUGAUGAGGUUGAGAAGAAGGGUGUAGUAGUUGGACAUUUGAUUGAAAAAAGGAAUUUUAAAAGGAAAAGAACAAUGUCUGAGCCAAGUAAUUUCAGUACCAAAAAACAACGAAGAGAUUGA